GAUUCAGAUUAGUUUUUUCCGUCUCUCUAACUCAAUAAUAGGUAUGUUUUAAUAAUAACAAACACCCAUGUUGAAAUUCUUCUCUAUGCGGACAAACAAAAUUACAGCACAGUAGAACAUACAAAAGUCACAUUUGUUAUUAUUAAUAUUUAGUGUAUACACAGAUCUAUAUUUUUAUUACGAAAUAAAAGAGACAUAAGAUGUGAAACGGGCGGCGCGCGCCUCUGUGAUGUCACUUCCCAGGCGCGCGGGAUUGUGCUGCUAACCACACUGCUAAUGGUAGCUCGACCAGCAACGACCAGGAGACACCAGAGGACAACAGAGGACCAGGAGACAGCAAAGGACAAGAGGACGGCAGAGGACCAGAGCAUCAGAAGACCUCGACCUUUACAGCGCCACAAGAUACUGUCAAGAAAAGUGCAGCUCGAAGGACUCGGUGUUCCGCUGUAGACGUUGUGUAGUUGUGUUGACAUCCAGCGAGCACUGACGUGUUAUGUGUCACCAGCAGUUUCGGAACGAAACGUGCUAGCUAGCGCAACUUUUCUGUCCUGUAUUUUUCCGCGGAAGUUUUCCUCUGGUAUGCAUUUACACCCCUCGUUCAAUCGGAAGCGGAGGCGUUUAUUUUAGGGACGGGUUGCGAUGAAGCUGCAGUGCGAUGUCGAGGUGGUGAAUCGGAUGCUCCCCACGUUUGGCAUGAAAAGUCGAGGGAAGGGGACCAGGGCUGUGCUGUCCAUCGGGAAACAUGUGGACAAGACGAGUCAACGCAGCAACAUCUACAUGAUGAUCUGCACAGCCAAAGACAGAGCGGGGGCAAAGUACAAGUUGAAAGACAACAUAGAGAAGUUCUUCACUUGGUUUGUGGAGGAUGGCAAGGCCACUGUGAGGUUAAAGGAACCUGCCGUUGACAUUUGUUUGAGCAAGGCUGACGCGAACAGCUUGAAGAAUUUCCUCUCAGCCGCUCGUUUAGCGGAUAGAGGAAGUGACACAAGCAGCCUUCCUCUGUCCACACUCACUCCUGUUCGUGCCAGAGAUGUAGAGCAACCCAAGAAGAAGCUGACCAUCACGUCACGGAAGGAUUACCCUCUCACCUCAAACUUCCCCUACUCUCUGGAGCAACUGCAGGUGUCAUACUGCAAGCUGUCACGUGUGGACAUGCGGAUGCUCUCCCUCAAAGCUUUACGCAAGCUAGACCUCAGCAACAACCACAUCAAGAAACUCCCUGCAACCAUCGGUGACCUCAGCUGCCUCUCUGAACUUAUCCUCCACAACAACCACCUGGAGGCCUUCAGCGAGGCCCUGUGCCUGUCCUCGCUGCAGCGGACCCUCCAAAUCCUGGACAUUAGCCAGAACCGACUGCAGGCCCUGCCCGCGCAGUUCUGUCAGCUCAGGGAACUGGUGAACCUCAAGCUGGACGACAACGAGCUCGUCUGUCUGCCGUUUCACAUCGGGCGACUCUCGAAGUUGAGGUUCCUGUCCGCGGCGCACAAUCAGCUGGCCGUGCUGCCCAGUGACUUUCGCAAACUCAGUCUGGAGAACCUGGACUUGUUUGGAAAUCCGUUCGUCCAGCCCAACCCUCUGGACCACACGAUGAAACUUAAGUUUCCCAUUCCUCUUCAAGAGAUGGCCUCCAGGGCUGUGGUUCAUCUCAGGAUACCGUAUGGACCUCACCUCAUCCCUGCCCACCUGUGUCGGGACCUGGAAGUAGCCAAGACCUGCGACUGCGGCCGUGUCUGCAUCAGUUUCUACAUCAAGACAGCAGUGAGCAUGAACCUGCACCAAGUCUCUCACACGGUGGUGUUGGUGGAUGACAUGGGAGGCACAGAUGCACCGGUGCAGCAGCACUUCUGCUCGCUAUCCUGCUACUCAGAAUUUUUAGACAACUCCCUCCAGAGAGGAAUCAGAUGAGGAGGAACGGACUCGGUUGAAGGAAGAAGAGAACAACGACAGAUGGAAAUUGCUCUGAAUUCUGCAAUAGUUUGUGCUGUGAGAUACUGUAGGGUGACGUCUGAUGAGACAGGAGGCUGCAGUAGUAAAUAGCCCAGUGGUACACUUUCCUUGUAAGGGCUUUAAAUGAAAGGACACUAUUGACUCUGUUAAACUUUGUUUUUAGAAGUGCUUCAAGCCGCUUGUUUUACAAUCACCUUCAUCUAAGAUGGCUCUUAAACCGUGAUGGCGAAAUAGAGAAGCACAGAUAUCUCACGUACUUGUAACAUAGUGUCAGUGACUGACACAAAAACACUUGCUGCCGGCAUCUGGUCCUUCAUGCCUUUUAGAACAAACUGUAAGUUCCCCUACUGACCCACUUCCGCUAGAAAGGAACAAAGACAUGAGAGGAACUUCCUGAACACAGUGCCUCAGGGUCCAUAAACGGUCCAAGGGAGUUGGUUUUUACUGUGCUGAUGACCCACACUUUUUUUAUAUGUACAUGAAAAAUUCAAUAAAAGCAUUCAUUGUCA